AUGAUUCUACUCAUAGACUCAUAUGACUCAUUUACAAAUAACUUAGCACAUUUGAUCAAAUACACGACAAAACAAGAGGUUGUUAUUAUUCACAAUGAUGCAUUUCAACCACAGGAAUACGAGUCCUUUUACACUCAAAUCAAGCAAUAUUUUCUGUAUAUAGUAAUUGGACCUGGUCCUGGUCACCCGGCCAAUGCAGAAGAUGUUGGAAUAAUCAGUUGGUUACUACACAGAAUUGUCGAGGAUGAAAUUAGUAUCCCCAUUUUGGGUAUAUGUUUGGGGUUCCAAAGUAUUUGUCAUGAAUUUGGAAAUAAAGUGGACAGAUUGGACCACGUCAAACACGGACAAAUUUAUGAUAUGUACCCGAUUGGGGAAUCCGAGUUAUUUUCUGGAGUAAGCAAGUUUCCUAGUGUGAGAUAUCACUCGUUAUUUGUGGAUAUGACGACACUAAAUGAAGAAAUUAAGCCUUUGGGUUACUGCUUAGAGCACGGCGAGGCAGGAAUGAAUGAUGUCAGAAUAUUGAUGGCGAUGAAGCAUAGAAUACACCCUUUCUAUGGUGUGCAAUACCACCCAGAAUCCAUUUGCUCUGAAGGUGGGAAGCAGUUGAUUGUCAAUUUUUCCAAAAUUGCGGAUGAGGUUAAUACACAGUACAGAAAAGAGUUGAACAAUUCACGAAUGAGUGGCUUUAAGGGGCUCAACGAUCAUGAAAUACAUGAGGUUAGUCUAGUUAAUAAAUGCACCCCCAUCAAUCAAUUCGAUAGUAUUAGUUUUGAGAAGAUUGAUUUGGCAAAGAAAAUAACUGCUGUUGAUGUUUGUGACUAUUUUUAUCAAAAGGAUGGUGAGCCCAAUUUUGUCUUGAUGAAUUCUGCAUCUGUCCCUGGUGAAUGGUCAAUAAUUGGAUUCCCAAUUCCUGGAGAAAGUGAUAUCAUUACGCACUCAAUUGAUAACAUGAAUGAAAUCAAGUUAUCAAAAUAUAAAUCUGACAGGAGGGAAAUUGUCAAGGUUGACGGACAAGAUGGUGCAUGGAAAUACGUUGCGAAUGCAAUGCACAAACACUACGUUCCUAGGAAUGAAAUCAAACUGAAAAUACGAAACUACCAUCUGAGAGAAGUUCCAUUCUUUGCUGGAUAUAUGGGUCUAAUUUCUUAUGAGGAAGGACAACAUUUGGUAUUCGAUAAGUUCAAACCAAUUUGUGAUGGAACUCCAGAUGUUAAACUUGUAUAUAUUCAAAGGUCUGUGAUUUUUGACCACAUAACUAAGGAGUGGUUUAUUAUAUCGGUAAAUGAUGUGUCAAAUUGGGCGGCUACGAUGGCCGCCGAGUUGAAAAACGUUACACCCAUAAACAUCAAUAGUAUUCCUACAAGUGUCAAGCAUUUAGCUUUAGAUGAGGACAUAGGACUUAUCCAAAUGGAAUUACCAUCGCAAGAAAUUUACGAAAAACAAUUUGCGAAGUGUCAGGAGUUUUUGCAUUCGGGACACUCCUACGAAUUGUGUUUGACAACCCAACUGAAAAUACAUCUCCCCUCGUAUGUCAAUGCAUGGGAUAUAUACAAGGUGCUCACGCUUCGCAAAAACCCGUCUCCAUUUUCUUGCUUUAUGGACUUUGACGAUUGUUGCUUGCUUUCAUCCUCUCCAGAGAGGUUUCUUUCGUGGAAAGAUAGUGGCGAUGACAAGGUUGUGGAGCUAAGACCAAUUAAGGGAACCGUGAGAAAUACCUCUGACGUUGAUAUUACCAAAGCCACUGAAAUUCUCAAAACACCCAAAGAAAUGGGAGAGAAUUUGAUGAUUGUGGAUUUGAUAAGACAUGAUUUAUACCGGUUCACUGACGAGGUCAAUGUGUCACAAUUGAUGGCAGUAGAGGAAUACAAAACUGUAUACCAAUUGGUCAGUGUCAUACAAGGUAACCUUGACAAAGGUAGAGGGUUUCAUGGUAUUGACAUCCUACAUCGAUCCCUACCUCCUGGGUCGAUGACUGGUGCACCAAAAAAGAGAUCUGUUCAGUUGUUGCAAGAUAUUGAAAGUAUGCAAACAGCAUCCUUCAGUGGUGGUAGAAGAGGUAUUUACAGUGGUGUUGUGGGAUACUGGUCAAUAACUGAUGAUUCUGAUUGGAGUGUCAUAAUCAGAUCUGUCUUUCAUUACAAGCGCGAUUACGAAAAUACAAACAUUACAAAUCUUUGGCGAAUAGGUGCUGGAGGUGCUAUUACAGUAUUAAGUGAAGCAGAUGCAGAAUGGGAGGAAAUGAAUUUGAAGUUGACCAGUGCGUUGCUGGCUUUUAAAUGA